AAAAAAGGAGAGCCAAGGACGGGGCAAAGGUUAGACGCGCGGGAUCGGGUCUGCCGUCACCACCAUCGGCUCCGCCCGCGUCGCUCUCCGGCCCCGUGCCGCCCCUACACCGCACGCACGCACGCUCGCUCGCUCGCUCGCCGGAUUCCAAUCCUCCCCCCACCUCACCAUUCCUCCUCUCCGGCCCCUCCAAUCCAACCCCCCCGAAUCCUCUCCUCCUCGUCCCCCUCGCGCGGCCUCGUCUCGAUCCGGAAGGAAUCUCCCCGGCCGGCCUCCCUCCGAUUCCGCGCCCAACUCCCCAGCUUGGGGGCAUUUUGGAAUCGUCCUCCCUCCAGGCGUCUGCCUCGGCCCGAAAGAUCCAAUUCGGUUGGAUUCCUGCCCCCGAGCCGGAGCCCGGCCGGAGGUGCCCGACCUGAGAGUGCCGCGGAGGGAGUUGAUGCCACCCGACGAUGGAUCGCCGAGCCUUCAGGAGUAACUCGUGCAACGGCAAGAACCCGGCGCCUCCCCCCUCGUCCGCGGCGGCGCAGGCGGCGGUGUACCGGACGUCCUCGGCGCCGGUGGGGGGCUCCAAGGACAACGUCGGCGAGCGCAAGGCGCUGCUGCCCCGGCGCCCCGAGGGCGGCACGGCCCGCAAGGCCUACAAGGGCCCCAAGCGGCGGGUGCAGUGGAAGGACACCCACGGCAAGAAGCUCGCCGAGGUCUUGGAAUUCCAGCCUAGUGAUUCAAGUGACUCGGAUGAUGAUUAUUUGGAUACUUGCAUAUGCUCAGUCAUGUAAAUAUUGCAGUGCUGAAUCUCCGGUGCAUCUUGCGCAGGUGGAGAGUAUGAGUGUUUAGCAAGAGCUGUAUCUUAAUGUUAUGCAUUGGCCUAACAGUCUUGUAUAGAAAAAGGUUCACUCCAACAGGCUCAAACUAUCUCAUGUAGUGCAAGUCAGGGCUGCGACCUAGCAAGGACUGGCGACGACGAGCCCAUAUAAUCUGUUGAAUGCGCAAGCAGCAGGAAGUUGCGUCAGAAUUUUGAGAUAUCACCACACAGCAGUUAGAAAGGGUAAAAAGGGACCCGCAGCGUUGGCAGCAGCAGCCUUGCUCUCUUCCUGACGAGUAACGUUAUGUGUGAUAAGCAAAAUGCUCUUAGAAAUCAGACACGGGCAUUUUUGCGGGGUUGGAAUUGCGACCGAUUUUUGUCAAUAGUAUCUGCCUCUUGGCAUGUUAACUAACUAGCUGAUGUUCCUGUGUGUGUGUGUCUGUUGCUGCCAUGACACGGUUAACAUUAUUGUUGCAUGAAUUGAUUGAUGCCAUCAAUGGAUGCUGUAAUUGCAAAGUGCAAGGUUUGUCA